AUGCCGACCGCCAAUCACUCAACAGCACAAUCUGAACAAGGGUGCUGGACAUCUACAACAUCUACCACUACCUAUGGCAUGAUCACAUGGGACACAUACUCACUUGGCAUGAGAUGGAUGAUACCUCAUCAGCAAUACACGGCGUACUUUGGUAUUUCAUUUCGGUUUCAGAGCAAGCUAUGCAUAGAUACAUUUCCAAUCCAAUCAUAG